UGCUCUUCCAGGAAGAGAUCUGAUGGAUUAUGCAAAGGCAGUUUAUGACAGAAAUAAUCAGGCUGGAGCCUCGAUAUGUCAGCUCCCCGGAAACCCACACUUUGCGGGACAAUCUGUUUUCUGACCCAUCAAGCGGCAAGAAUAUACGGCCCAGCGACAGCCCUGCCAGAGAGCCAGAAAAUACCUCCAGCCCACCGCCCCCCUUCCGGACAGGACCGGGAGCAGGGAACCACGGCAGCCGCCACGCAGGUGACCUCAGCGGCCGGCGGCGGGCCCGCUGACACCGGGGGCUCGGCCGCCCCCCCCCCCGCCGCCCGCCUUCGGAGCCGGCCGGCCGCGCGUCCCGCUCCGCCGCCGCGGGGAAGCUGCGCGGCCCGAGGAUUGGUCACUUGCCCUGUCAGUCCGUUCGUGUCGCCUCCCCCCGGCGGGAGGCAGCGGUGGGGCGGGCGCACGGCGAGGGGCUCCCGUGCCGGGAAUGAGCCGGGAGGCGACGGCCGCGGCGGCGGGGAGGCGGCAUCGGCGGUCACCGAGGGGAGGAGGCGGAGGCGGCGGCCCGGCAUAGCACGGGGCAGCUGCAGUCGUGCAGCCACUCAGCAUCCCGUGUCCUCCCCGGCACCUGAAGCAGCAGCAGCAGCAGCAGCAGGAGCAUCUGAACCCCGGGCUCCGCUUCUCGCACGCAGACAAUAUUAUUGUUGAAGAUUAGUCAGAUGCCUUCCGUCCAUUCCCUGCCUCACAUGCUAUGUCAUGCAAGCUUUGAAACACUUAGCACAUAAUUUAAACGAGUGACUAAUUUGGCAAGCAUAAUGGAAGGCACGCAUACUAUCCUGCAAUUGCACAAACCCAUUAUGGAGCUUUGUUACGUCAGCUUCUAUCUUCCAGAGGGAAAAGUCAGAGGAUUUACUUACAAGGGCUGUGUAACGCUGGAUAGAACCAGUAAACGUUUCUGCAGCUGCUAUCAAGUAAGGGAGAGGUUAGAGAUGGAGCUGAGAGAACAGCCAUAUGAGAACUUUGGAGAUAUUAUUUUCAAGCAAACUACCACAAAAGAUAUUCUUAUCGAACUGUACAAACUAACUGCUGAAAAGGAAAAAAUGUUAUCCAGUCUUCUGAGAUCACAUCAUAUGCUGGGCCUUAACACAGGACGUCAGGAGGGAAAGCGACAGGAUAUUUCCGGAGUCCCGAAACCUAAAGGUGAUGAUUACUCUAGUUUUACACAUCAGCAGGAGUUCUUUCUGAAUUCCACGAACACAGACAAUUUGAAUCACAAAAAAAUGAGGAAAUAUAGAAGGAAAGAGAGCUUUGAGGAGUUCAGACACCGGAAAGGGGGAAAAAAGAUAUAUGAACGACUGAGUGCACAAGACAUGCAACUGGAAAAUAAGAAGCAGCUCCCCACAAGAUUUCCUACCAGGAGUUUUCCCAGUUCCUUUUCUGCCUCCAGUUGGAUACCAGUAAAAGGUAAGGAUGAUUUACCAGCAGACAAUAGUAUACAGCCAGAAAGGUGGAGAGAAGAGGGGUAUUUUCUUAAGAGCAACAAAGCUGUGAAACCGGAUGCUGACUUACCAAGUUCUCACUCAAAAGACAACAGUGAUAUGGUCGCAGUUGACCUAGUGGAUCAUGGAGAAUGCCUUCCUGAAGUUACGGAGGCACAACAGGGUAUCACUUUGGUAAAGACAUCUCAGGACAGUCUGUCUAACAAAGUUGAGAUAUUAAGUAAAUCUUCAGCUGCUAAAAGCUUGAAAAGUAGCAAGUAUACUGAGCUGGUAUGCAAGGAGAAACCAGGAAUCUCAGUUGUUGCUGAGGCACAGGAUUCAGAAGCUUGUAUUAAAAAAGUUGCCAAACCCCCUGCAGAGUCUUUACCUGAUUUUCACAGGGACAAAGAAACCAUUUCUCCUGUUCUCACAACAGUAAAUAACGAGUUUAUAUCAAGAACUGAUGUAUGCUCCGUAGAUGAAGCUGCCGGAGACUCUAAACCCACUGAGCUGCAGGAAAAGGAGCAAGACGGCUCUGGCUUGCAGUACAAAGCAGAGAGAGUGCACAUUACUGAUGAGUCAUGCAACCUUGUGGGAGCAGUCAAUAAAGCUCUUCUGAAAGUUAUACGGAACGACAGUUUAGAUGAAGCUGCAGAAUGGAAGAGACUGCAACAAAUUACAAGAGUAGACAGAAACCUGCCAGGCUCAAUAUAUGAGAAAAGAACCACGGUAUCCCGGGGAAGCAGCAAGCAUUUAUUGUUGAACCUGCCUGUAAAUGAAAGUGCUGAUAUUUCUCAGACAAGUAAUAAUCUUAAACUGGAAGAGAAAAGGCUGCCUUCACCCUCGUUAGUAGCAGUGAGUAAUGUUUUUAGUAAUUCAUAUCCGCUAUCUAAUACACACAAACAAAUGUCACCUAUUCCUUCUCCGUUAUCUUCGAGACUGCCUAGCCCGCAGCUGCAUCAUCGGAUUCUCCCGUUACCGACACAGAACGCCGAGGACGAAUCUAUGUUCAGUGACUAUGGCUGUGGGAGACACGGUGCUAUAAACCUUUCUUUCAGUGAUUUGGAGCCACAGUUUUAUCUGAAGUUUUCUGAACCUGGAGAAUUGGGAUUUGCCACCAGAGAACCAGGCCUACAUCAGAAUGCAACUGCAGGGCAGUUUGAAAAGCACGCUGUACAGGAAAAAUUAACUGCUCAGACACAGCACUAUUUCUGUCCAGCAGAGUGUGCUUUAAAGGAUGACUACACUGAACAGCUGACUAACUUGGAUGUGGCAAACAGAGAUGAAGAUACCUGGGUUUUGGAUUGCAGACUGGGGCACUCAAACCCAUUUGCUCAUUCAAGUGAGAAAGAGAAGAUCAACAGAAACGUGUUGCAUUUGAGCCUAGAACUGAAUAUGCAGUAUUACAGCCAGUUCAGAGAGAUUUUCCUUAUGAGAUACAUCCACCCAGCAUUAAAACACUUCUGCCAACAAACUGGCUCCGUCUCAUUUGCACAUCACAAUAUGGUGAUCUCCUCCUUGUGUAAAAAUAUAAGGGCACAUAUUGAUCCUGGAAAACAAGGGGAGCCAAGACCUGUCAGUCGUUUCUGUCCUUGGCACCUGAUGAUUAAGCAUAGCGGAGAAGCAAGUCCGGAGCUCACUACAGGAAAAGGCAGGCGGGCGCUCACCCGAGUUCGCUCUGGCCGGCCGGGAAGUGGGGACUCUGCACAGGCUCCGGGCGGUGGCACUGGAAGCUUCAGAUUCAUUUCUUCGGGUUUCCAUUUGACGGUUUUUGGUGAUUAUGGAUUUACAAAGGAAGAUCUUUAUCAAAGUGAAAAGACUAUGCAAAAGAAUCCGUCAGGAGUUUUCUGCUGA